CCAACCUGCCCGCAGUCUCACAGCGAAACGUUGAUCUUCCACUUGCUGGAUUCUUCACUUCACUGCUCCCAGCUUGCGAUUCCUUUACCUACCUACGGAGCAUCAACCGCACGACAGUCUUCCCUCCAUCCAUUACGAUAGCCCUUGGCUUUCUGUCAUACGUCAUUUGCUUCCCGAGCAUCUUGGUGGGGUUAAAGCUCGACGAGUCUGGUGGCCUAGAUCGCUUCAGGUCAACCAGCACAGCGAAUAAUCAAGAUUUCACCCUCCGCGAACCCGACCCUGACGCUGGGAAAGCGGAAGCUUUCUAACGGCGAGAGCGCUUCUCCUACAAAGAAAACCAUGACUGACGCCAAGAUGACCGACGUCGACGCAGCCACUACCGUCCAGGUCGACAAGUCGGUGGUGGGCCACAGUGAGAUCGAUGAGAGCCUCUACAGUCGCCAGCUCUAUGUCCUGGGCCAUGAAGCCAUGAAGCGCAUGGGUGCCUCGAACAUUCUGAUUGUCGGUCUCAAGGGCUUGGGUGUGGAGAUCGCAAAGAACAUUGCUCUGGCCGGCGUCAAGAGCUUGUCCCUUUGCGACCCAUCGCCGGUGACCCUGCCUGAUCUGUCAUCGCAGUUCUUCCUCACGCCAGAAGAUGUUGGCAAGCCCAGAGACGCCGUCACCGUUCCCCGAGUAGCCGAGCUGAACGCAUAUACCCCGAUCCGCGUCCAUCCCUCAUCGAGUCUCGAGGAUAACUCCCAGUUCGACCAAUACCAAGUAGUUGUGCUUACUGGCGUGCCUAUCCAUCUGCAACAGAGCAUCGGCGACUAUUGCCACAGCAAAGGCAUUCACGUGGUCAUUGCGGAUACAUUUGGUCUUUUCGGUUCUCUCUUCUGCGAUUUUGGCGAGGACUUUACCUGCAUGGAUCCUACUGGCGAGAACCCCUUGACUGGAAUUAUCGCCGGCAUCAACGAAGAAGGUCUAGUGUCCUCGCUGGACGAUAAGCGCCAUGGUCUUGAAGAUGGAGACUAUGUGACCUUUUCAGAAGUCGAGGGCAUGGAGGCUCUCAACGGCUGUGACCCCAUGAAAAUCACGGUCAAGGGGCCUUACACCUUCUCCAUUGGUGACGUGAGCAGCCUGGGGCAAUAUCAGCGCGGUGGGCGGUAUCACCAGGUCAAGAUGCCCAAGAUCAUGAACUUCAAGCCAAUCACGCAGGCGUUGAAGGAGCCCGAGUUCGUCAUGUCCGACUUUGCCAAGUUCGAUCGCCCGCAGAUCCUUCACCUUGGCUUCCAGGCGCUUCAUGCUUUCCAACAGUCCACCGGGCGCCUACCAAGGCCCAUGAACGACGAAGAUGCGCUGGUGCUGUCGGAAGCUGCAAAGAAGUUCGCUGCCGACCAAGGACUGGAGACGGAACUGGACGAAAAGAUUCUCAAGGAGCUCAGCUACCAGGCUAUGGGCGAUCUCAGCCCUAUGGCUGCCUUCUUCGGAGGUAUUGCUGCGCAAGAGGUUCUCAAGGCCGUGUCUGGCAAGUUCCACCCCAUCCAGCAGUGGCUGUACUUUGAUUCGCUCGAGUCGCUCCCAACUUCGGUCAAGCGUACGCCUGAGCUAUGUCAACCAGUGGGGAGCCGGUAUGAUGGACAGAUUGCAGUGUUCGGAUCCGAGUUCCAGGAGAAGAUUGCCAAUGUGAAGCAAUUCCUCGUGGGCGCCGGUGCCAUUGGUUGUGAGAUGCUCAAGAAUUGGGCGCUCAUGGGCCUGGGUACGGGACCCAAUGGCCACCUCUGGGUGACCGACAUGGACUCCAUCGAGAAGAGUAACCUGAACCGCCAAUUCCUCUUCCGCUCUGCAGACGUCGGCAAGAUGAAGAGUGACCGCGCCGCUGUCGCCGUGGAGCGCAUGAACCCGGAGCUACGCGGUCACAUUGUGACGCACCAGGAUAAGGUCGGACCUGACACCGAGCACAUUUUCCAGGAGACUUUCUGGCAGAAGCUGGAUGGCGUGACGAACGCCCUCGACAAUGUUGAAGCCAGGCGCUACGUGGAUAGCCGCUGUGUUCUGUUCCGCAAGCCUCUUUUGGAGAGUGGUACCUUGGGAGCCAAGGGCAACACACAGGUGGUGAUUCCCAACGUCACCGAGCCUUAUGCCAGCGCUACCACUCGCGACCCAAUGGAGGAAUCGAUUCCCAUGUGCACGAUUCGCAGUUUCCCGAACAGCAUUGACCACACCAUUGCAUGGGCUAAGGAGUACAUGUUUGAGAAGGCCUUUGUCACAGCCCCUCAGACUGUCAACCUGUACUUGACUCAACCAAAGUAUAUCCAGACGCUCUUGAAGCAGGGUGACAACCAGAGGGAGACUCUGGAGACGAUUCGCAACUACCUCACCACCGAUCGACCGCGCAGCUUCACUGACUGCAUCUCGUGGGCUCGUCGCCAGUUUGAGACUGAAUUCUCUAACAAAAUUCAACAGCUGCUGCACAACUUCCCCAAGGAUGCUACCACCUCGACUGGUGCUCCGUUCUGGUCUGGACCGAAGCGUGCACCUACUCCGCUGAAGUUCGACCCUAGCAACGAGACUCACUUGGGCUUCAUCAAGGCAGCUGCCAACCUGCACGCUUUCAAUUACAACAUCAAGGCUCCUGAGCUUUCGAACGACGACUACGUCCGGGAGCUGUCUGAUAUCAUUGUCCCUGAUUACACUCCUGCAUCUAACGUAAAGAUUCAGGUGGAUGACAACGAGCCUGUAACCGCAGAAGACAGCGACGAGGCUGAAAUUGAGAAGAUCGUCUCCAAUAUCCCAGCCCGGACUUCGCUUGCCGGCUUCGAAGUGUACCCCGUGGACUUUGAGAAGGACGAUGACUCGAACCACCACAUCGACUUCAUCACCUGCUGCAGCAACUUGCGCGCCGAGAACUACAGGAUCAAGCCUGCUGAUCGCCACCAGACCAAGCUGAUUGCUGGCAAGAUUAUCCCCGCUAUUGCCACCACCACAGCUCUGGUCACCGGGCUGGUCACGCUUGAGCUGUACAAGGUGAUUGAUGGCAAGGACGACAUUGAGCAGUACAAGAAUGGGUUCAUCAACCUAGCCUUGCCGUUCAUCGGCUUCAGCGAGCCUAUUGCCAGCGGCAAGUUCACGUACACUGGCCUUCAGCCCACGUUGGGCGCCGAUGGCAAGCCCAUCCGCGACCCUGCCACUGGAGGUUUCCAGGGCGAGAAGGUCAAGUGCACACUGGACAAGGUCUGGGAGUCAUUCGAGGUAGAAGACAUGGUGGUCAACGACUUGCUGGACUGGUUCCGACUCAAGGGCAUCUAUCCCUCGUCCAUGUUCUGCGGCCGCGCCUUGCUGUGGUCCAACUACAGCCGAGACCCGAAGGAGAAGGAAGAGCGCCAGAAGCUCACUGUGAGCGACCUGUACAAGAGGGUCACGAAGGGGGAUAUCCCGGCUCAUGAGUCGGAGCUGGUGAUUGGACUGAUUGCCGAUGACGCGGACGAUGAAGAUAUCGAGUGGAUGCCCGACCUGAAGGUCAAGUUGUCGAGCAUCACAGAUUGGGUUUCCAAGGGCGACAAGUCUGGCGAGUUCAAACGCCAGGUCAGCGCGUUCCGCGACUCCAUCUCGCGUGAAGCUGGUGCCAGAUACCCUCCCGAGAAGGGCAGGUAUCACCUCUACGUGUCCUACGCCUGCCCGUGGGCCCAUCGCACGCUCAUCGCGCGCAAGCUCAAGGGGCUCGAAGACAUCAUCUCGUUCUCCGUCGUGCACUGGCAUCUAGGCGAGGGCGGCUGGAGGUUUGUCAGCAAGGAUGACCCGAAGAGCGAGACGCCCGGUGACAACGUCGUGCCGGAUCCCAUUGAAGGCCACGAUGGCUACACUCACCUGAGGCACGUCUACUUUGAGAGCGAGCCCGAGUACGACGCCCGUUUCACAGUGCCCGUGCUGUAUGAUACCAAGACCAAGAGGAUUGUGAGCAACGAGAGCAGUGAGAUCUUGAGGAUGCUGGGCACCGAGUUCAACGAUUUGAUUGACGAGAAGCAUCGCAAGAUCGACCUCUACCCCUCGAAUCUCCGCAAGGACAUUGACGAGGCGCACAGUUGGAUCUACGACCUCAUCAACAACGGCGUGUACAAGUCCGGCUUUGCCACCACGGCCGAGGCCUACGAGCGCAACGUCAAGGCCCUCUUCGAGGCCCUCGACCGCGCCGAGGCCCAGCUCGCCUCGUCGGGCGGACCCUACUGGUUCGGUGAGACGCUCACCGAGGUCGACGUCCGUCUCUACGUGACCAUGAUCCGCUUUGAUCCCGUCUACGUGCAGCACUUCAAGUGCAACCUGCGGGACGUCCGCUCCGGCUACCCGGCGAUACACCAGUGGAUGCGCAACCUGUACUGGAAGGUCGAGGGGUUCGGCGAGACGACGCAGUUUGAGCACAUCAAGUGGCAUUACACGAGGAGCCAUAAGCAGAUCAACCCCCUGGGUAUCACGCCCCUGGGCCCCGUGCCAAACAUAAUGAAGCUUGACGAGGAGGUCGCCGCCGCGAGGAAGUGAGCCAAGGUGAGGGGUUGCGUGGCAAGGCGGGUAGUCAGUCAGGCAGUCAUGGUGUUAUUUGGAGCCUUGUGGUGACGCAUCUGGAAGACUUUGAUUGCAGACUGGCUUUGCUGUUUUAGUUGUAUUCUGUACCAUUGGCUUUAUUGAGUUCCAUGUAGUCUCUAGAGCUUACUACACCUUGCAAUAAUAUGCAGGGUACCUCGAUCUUGUCCACCGGUGGCAUACAGUGCAAAUGAUUGACGCACUGUAUUCUAGCACGGUGGCGCUCAUCUCCCAAAUCAAGCCCAAUGCGAAUUCAAGGAAAGCA